AUGAGUUCCGGUGACCUCCUCAGCGUCGAACCUCUCGAACUCAAGUUCCCAUUUGAGCUGAAGAAGCAGAUCUCGUGUUCUCUUCAAUUGUCUAACAAGACUGAUAGCUAUGUAGCAUUCAAGGUGAAAACAACGAAUCCGAAGAAGUAUUGUGUUCGUCCGAACACUGGAAUUGUCUUGCCAAGAUCUACCUGCGAUGUUAUGGUUACCAUGCAAGCUCAAAAAGAAGCUCCAGCUGAUAUGCAAUGUAAGGAUAAGUUUCUUCUUCAGAGUGUAAAAACCAACGAUGGUGUUAGUGCGAAAGAUAUCUCUGCAGAAAUGUUCAACAAGGAGGCAGGGCAUGUGGUUGAUGAGAGCAAAUUGAGAGUGGUGUAUGUGUCUCCGCCUCAACCGCCAUCUCCAGUCCCAGAAGGUUCUGAGGAAGGGUCGUCACCUAGAGGUUCUGUUUCAGAAAAUGGAAAUGCCAAUGGUCCUGAUUUCGCUCAAGUAACACGAGGAUUUGCUGAACGACCUGAGGCUCAAGACAAAUCUGCAGAGGCAAGAGCUCUUAUCUCACGGCUGACUGAAGAAAAGAAUAAUGCAAUUCAACAAAUUAGCAAGCUUCGCCAGGAACUGGAGCUGCUGAAACGUGAAGGCAACAAAAAUCGUGGUGGAGUGUCAUUUAUCUUUGUCAUAUUAAUCGGCUUACUUGGCAUAAUCAUGGGGUAUCUCAUGAAGAAGACCUAA